AUGGCUGCCACAGAUCUGCGCAGUUCGGGCUGUGUCAAGGCUCCUGUUCAACGAAGGCGCGGACAAGCAAAGAACCGCCCCGUGGGAAAUUCUCCAGAGCUUGAAGCCAAGUCCUCCAUCAUCAUUAUCCAAAUGAGCGAGUGGAGUUCAUCCGAUCACCCAGCUGGCCAAUACGGGUCUAGAUUGCCCAACGAGAAUGAGUCUAAUGGGCUGGCAAAUCGACUUAAUUCCACAGCUGCUGUCGUUCUUACGACGACACGCAUGACAGCUCGCACUUCUCACCCGAGUCGCCGUCCCAAGCUUUCUCUUGACACUACAACACUGCCGGCUGUGCAGCCUGAAACCAAAAAGAUUGAAAACCCCCUGGUGCUCCAGUCCAAGCAUGGAGCCGACGAAAUCACAACUGGGGAUGCAGAAGACUGGCUGAAAAGCUGGCGUGAUGUUUCGGCUAGCCAGCAUACCCAAAAGCAGCCAGCUGUCAGCACGACACAUGCGAACAUACCUGCCGAGCCCGCCAUAUGCAGCACAGUCUUCUUCGUAAGUGGAAAAAACCAUGCUGUUUACCAAAUCAAUGCGAAUAGCUUUGAGAGCUUUUCACGCGAGUUGGCAAAUAAAACGAGCAAAUACAAGUCGCGGUAUAAAAACAACGCACGACUCGUGGUAUCGCAUGUGAAAACCGGUCACCUAAAGCCUUGGACUUGUGCAGUUGACGACGACAAAAAAUUUGUGGAAGCUUAUGAGAGCACGAUAGGUAGCCCCGUUUUUGUGGCGUCUUAUGACGAUAGUGUUGGGAUCUUCUCACGUUCCUCGUCACCUUCUCCGCGUCCAUUAUCACCACCUCUUACGGGAGGUUUUCACGAGGUCCAAACAGCGACCAGAUCAUCCCUCGGCUCAUCUUCGGGGGCUGACGUUUCCGACGAUGAAGAUUGAUUUAUAAGGUAGAUUAGGAGCUAUCUGGGCAUCAUCACAGAGUGUUCUCUCGUGCGCCAUUAUUCCCCCUACUCCUGCUUCAAUUUUUUCUGAUUAGUAUUGUGAUACUUUUCCGCCGCAGCCAAGAUCCCAAUCUCACACAGCCGGUACUAGUUUGUGCGCCCCUCCAGCGGAGCGAUCUAUAGUCUAUAAUAUUCAUUACUAGCACAUUAUU